CAGAAAGUCGUAGGUUCGACCCCUACCUGGCGCGUUCCUUUUGAAAAUUUACCUUUCUUUAUUCUGUCAGUGCCAACCAACCAUGCUUCCAUAUUUUUCAACCUUAAAUACCACAACACAAUUUACAUGACCAACCUUUACAAGAUCUACUACUAAAAUAUAUUGGCCAACCAUAAACACCAAGAAUGUAGCUUAAUAUAAAAAAAUCAUGCACGCUAAUCCUUAUGUUCCUUUUGUCUAUGUAUAAAUAGAACCCCCACUUCAUCAGAUCAUAGUACCCCUCAACUCAAACCUUAAGCAUCUAAAGACUUGUUUGUUUUUUUGUUCCUAGUUUAAGAUGUCCUUAAUAGCAGAAUCACCAGAUUUUCUUCAAGUCUAUUCUGAUGGCACUGUGAAACGCUUUGCACCAGAAACUGCUCCACCAUGUUUGGAACCAUCCAAUGAUCCCAAUGGAUUCAGGUCCAAGGAUGUGGUCAUUGACCCAUUAAAACCCAUCACUGGAAGGCUCUUCCUUCCUCCUUCAGUUUCCUCAUCAGAGAAGCUUCCAGUGUUGGUUUAUUUCCAUGGUGGAGGCUUUUGCAUUGGCUCCACCACUUGGCUUGGCUACCAUGUUUUUCUUGGUGAAUUCUCUGCCACUUCAAGGUCCAUUGUUCUGUCUGUUGAUUACCGUUUGGCUCCGGAGCACCGCCUUCCCACGGCUUAUGAAGACUGCUACGCUGCAAUUGAAUGGCUUCGUGAUCAAGCAAGCACAGAACCAUGGCUCCAACAAGCAGAGUUAUCAAGAGUUUUCCUCUCUGGGGACAGUGCUGGAGCCAACAUUGCACAUCAUGUUGCUGUGAAAACAAUUCAGAAGUGGGUGUGCCCUGUGAAAAUCAAAGGAACAAUGCUAAUACACCCUUACUUUGGUAGUGAGAAGAGAACUGAGAAGGAAAUGGAGGAUGGAGGUUCAGAAGAUGUGAAGAGCAAUGACAUGUUCUGGAAGCUAAGCAUACCGGAAGGCUCGAACCGCGACUACUUCGGCUGCAAUUUCGAGAAAGCAAACUUGCCUGAGAGAAUUUGGUCCAAGUUCCCAGCAAUUGAGGUGCAUGUUGCUGGUUUGGAUUUCUUGAAGGAGAGGGGUGUGAUGUAUGCAGAGUUUGUGAAGAAGAAUGGGGUGAAAGAUGUGAAGCUUGUGGAGGCCAAGGGAGAGAAGCAUAUUUAUCAUGUGCUUGAUCCUAAAUCUGAUGCAGCAAGGUUGCUUCAGAAACAGAUGAGCCAGUUCAUGAAGAGGUUUUAGCAUCAACUAUGAUGAGUAUCAAUGGAAUAUGUUUAAGCUUAUUCUGAGAAAUAAUCCAUAACAAUAGUUGCACUAAAAUAAUGAGAGAGGUGUAUUUUAAGCUUGUUAUGUAGAGCUUAUAAUACACACAGAUAUUUAUCUUAUUUUCGUUUAGUUUUAUGUUUGGUAUAAUUUUUAAAAUCAAGUUGUUUACAUGUA